UGGCAACAGAAGUCCUUCAAAAGCAUGGCGGAACUCUGCGUUUCGGCAUGCUCGCCGCUUCCAAUACACCCGAAACGCCCGAAUCCUUCUUAGAACAAGUCUUUUUUUUUUUUUUCAGGCUACAAACAGGUGAUCUGCAACUUGUGUAAAUGACUGUACCGGAAAAAGCUGUGGAGGAUCCAUUGAGUAGCGCUGAUCAUUUGGUGGCUGGUGCUGUGAGCGGAUUUUGUACACGGUUUCUGUGUCAACCUUUCGAUGUGAUCAAGAUUCGCUUUCAACUGCAGAUCGAACCAAUCAGGGCGUCACAUGCAACGGCAAAAUACCGAGGAAUUUUAGAUGGGACGCGACUUAUAUUUCGUGAGGAAGGUCUCACGGCUUUUUGGAAGGGCCAUAUUCCAGCUCAGGCGCUAUCCGUUGUCUAUGGAGCUGCACAGUUCUCCUCGUACGAGUACCUCGUCAAGCAGGCCAGCGUACGUUUCGGAGACACGACGACGACGAACUGGGCGAAUAGCAUUCACUUUGCAUGUGGUUUCACUUCGGGCUGUGUGGCCACCUUGUUUGCCCAACCAUUCGACGUGAUUCGCACUCGCCUCGUAGCCCAAGCGGAGCCCAAGACAUACCACACAAUUCACGAAGCAGUGGUGCUCAUGUGGCAGCAAGAGGGACCCCGUGCCUUUUACCGUGGCCUGCUGCCCACGCUUUUGCAGAUCGGGCCCCUCUCCGGAUUUCAAUUCGGCUUCUACCAUUUUUUUCUCCACGUGUGGAGCAUGAUACUCCACCAAGAUGAAAACAUAACUGGCAUCCGCAAAAGCGUGGUGUGUGGCGCACUCUCAGGUAUUGUGUCCAAAACUCUGGUCUAUCCAUUGGAUUUGGUCAAGAAGCGCCUGCAGGUGCAGGGAUUUGCGGUUCGUGACAGUCGGACAUUUGGCAGCUACACAGGAUUCCUCCAUUGCGUCCAUGCCAUCUUUGUGAAAGAAGGCUUCCUGGGCUACUUCAAGGGUUAUCUUCCCAGUGUGCUCAAGGCGACUGCAACCACUGCUUGCCACUUUGCAUUCUAUGAAGCAGCUUGUGAACUCUUGCGAUAUCGUCUUGGCACGUGAUGAAAGUACUGGCCGAGAGACAUUUAGCGUGCCAAAGAAGCUACUACUGACUAGAGUCUUAGGUAACAGAAAAUUGUGCUCAGCGUCGAGUUGACUAGUAGAAAGCGAAGAAAAUUGUGUCAGUGGGCACAUAAAGUGCAUUUGAUGCUCAUCAUUGUGAAGAGACUUUGCAAGAGGAACGGAUUGUAGCUAAGCACAUAGAUGGAGACCCACCUGUUGAAGUAGAGAGUGCUCAGCCAGAAUCACUCUUGUCUGACGGUGGCCACAGUGACUCAUGAGCAAUAACAACAUUCUUCCUUUGGUGCUUAUAUGUAUAGAAGGGCUGAGCUGAUGAAACAAGUUGUGAUAUUGUUGAUUAUGCAAAUUCAAUCUCUGCACAGUUAUAUGUGCAUAGAAAAGGUUCCAUGGAUGUAGAGCAUUUACAGAGCUGACAUGUAAUUAGUUUAUUGCAAUAAUUUAUGUUUCAAUAAAGUGGUACUCAAGGUA